CUAAACAAACUACAAGUAGCAGCUAGAAAAAGAAAAAGUACACCAUAUUUAAUUAAUUAAUUAUUUCUUUUUCUCAAGCAGAUUUUUGGGCUAAAAAUGCAAGAACCAACAAGUUCAUUGGUGGCAAGUUUACCUUCAAGUAGUGAAAGAUCUUCUAGUUCUGCUCUUCAAAUUGAAGUCAAAGAAGGAAUGGAAAGUGAUGAUGAGAUAAGAAGAGUGCCGGAAAUGGGUGGACAAGGUAUUGUUGGAGCAUCAAUGUCCGGUUCGGGUACGUUUCCAGGUCCAGACCAGGUUCAAAGCAUAGGCGCUGGUUCAAAAAAGAGAGGAAGAAACCCAGCUGAUAAAGAAAACAAACGUUUAAAGAGGUUGUUAAGGAAUCGUGUUUCGGCUCAGCAGGCAAGGGAGAGAAAGAAGGCAUACGUGAGCGAGUUGGAGGUGCGUGUAAAAGAAAUCGAGAAGAAGAACUCUGAGCUUGAAGAGCGGCUCUCGACGCUUCAAAAUGAGAACCAGAUGCUUAGACAAAUCUUGAAGAACACUACAGCCAGUAUGCAAGAUAAAAAGUAGAGAAUAGAGAUAGCUUUAGUAGUUAACUAGUUCAUACAUAACUUGUGCCUUAUUUAAGCUUCGAAAGGAAUAAGCUUUUCUUAGAAAUGAGACGUGUUAUUACUGCGGUUAUUUUAUUUUAUUUUUUACUUUUAUAGUUUGUUAAUCUUAGCCCUUUUCGCUUAGACUAUAGCUAAGUAGAAGUAAAAUGUUAUAUGACUGUUAGAAAAGUUAUUUUUAAGAGAGGUUACAUACUUGUGUAACAUUUUACUGCA